AUGCAUUGUCACAUCCAACUAUCAAUCAAUUUUUCUUUAGUGUGUAGUAUAGUCAAUGACAGAUAUAUAAGACAAAUAUUACAAAGAUGGCGACCUAAUAUGUUACGUCUGGAUUUCCAUGGAUGUUCUUCCCUUCAGUGGCCUUCCUUUAAAUUCAUCAGUCAGUGCAAAAAUUUGCAAUAACUAAAUGUCUCUGAAUAUGAAGGAUUAAAUGAUGAAGUAAUGAGAUAUGUGUCAGAAGGCUGCCCAGCUCUUAUUCUUUUGAAUGUAGCUCACACAGAGAUUAGUAAUAGAACACUAAGACUGCUAUCAAGAUGUUUCCCCAGCUUACAGAAACUUAGUUUGGCUUAUUGCAGGAAAUUCACAGAGAAAGGUUUACAGUACCUGAGUUUAGGCAAAGGAUGCCACAAGAUCACCGAUUUGGACCUUUCAGGUUGUACUCAGAUUUCAGUUCAAGGCUUCAGGGAUAUUGCAAGCAGCUGCAGUGGAAUAAAGCACUUGGUCAUCAAUGAUAUGCCAAUUCUGACGGAUAGUUGUAUAAAAGUUUUAGCUGAAAAGUGCAAAAACAUUACAUCUGUAGUAUUCAUUGGUUUACCACAUCUCUCUGAUACUACUUUUAAAUAUCUUACUGACUGCUCACUUAGCAAGGUUCGAGUUGAAGGGAAUAAUCGCAUAACUGAAACUUUCAAACUUAUGGAUAAAUGUUAUGAAGAUCUCUGCCAUAUUUACACGACUGAUUGUGAGAGGAUUACUGAUGACAGUCUUAAGUCGAUUGCUAAUUUGAAGAAUCUUGUUGUAUUGAAUUUAACCAAUUGUAUAAGAAUUGGUGAUGUUGGCCUAAGGAGCUUCCUUGUUGGACCUUCAAGCUCAAAGCUUAGAGAACUGAAUUUAACUAACUGUGCCCAAAUAAGUGAUCUUGCCCUUGCACAAAUGGGAGAAAGGUGUCGUAGUCUUACCUACUUGAAUUUAUGUAAUUGUACACAGUUGACUGAUUGUGGGAUUGAGUUCAUUACACAGCUUCCCAACUUGAUUUCAAUUGAUCUUUCUGUAACAGCCAUCACUGCUGAGGCUUUGAUAUCACUCUCCAGUCAUAAAAAGUUAAAAAAACUUACUAUUUCUGAGUGUGAAUUUAUCACAGAUUCAGGGAUUAAGGAAUUCUGUCAGUCGAUGCCAAUUUUGGAACAUUUAGAUGUCUCUUACUGCCCCAAGCUUUGUGGAGAAAUUUUGAAAGCGCUGUCUGCUAAGUGUUUUAGGCUUACAUCACUCAACAUUGCUGGCUGUCCAAAGAUGAAUGACUUGGCCAUAAGGAUUUUGAGCAAGAAAUGCCAUUAUCUUCACUUCUUGGAUGUCUCUGGAUGUGUAUACCUUACUGACAAAGCCAUUGAAUACCUUCUGGAAGGCUGCAAGCAGCUUUGUGUCUUGAAGAUGCGGUAUUGCAGGAGGAUUUCCAAGGUGGCACAUUUCCGAAUUUCAUCUCAAGUUAAAUAUUGUGAAUACAGUAUUGAGGACCCUCCCAUUUGGUUUGGCUAUGAUUGCAAAGGGACCAUCUUCCAUGACAGAAUGAGAGUUAAAGUCUUGCAUAGAAGGAGAAGAAAAUCAUUAUUGGACGGUCCAGAAAGUAUAGAAAAUACAGCCAAGAAUUAA